AUUAUUUAAGAGACGUUAAAUGGAACAAGUGCUUCUGUCCAGCCCUGGUGGGCGUUCGGAGUGGGAUCUCGAGCAGAAGCCGUCUCUGGGAUUCCUCCUCCUGGAUCCAGGUGAAGGUGCUGCUUUGUCCAAGGGCAGCGAGGGGGGUUCGGACUCGGGCCUGGACUUCGGGGAGGCCGACAAGGAGCUGGUGUCCUUCAACCUGGAUAAAAUCUUGCAGGGGAAUGCGUUGGACCUCAAUCAGCUCUUCCAGAGCUCUGGGUACUCAGGUGUGGACCAGAUCCUGUCGUGGGACACCGGGUCCACCUGUCCCAUGCUGCAGUGGGGAGACGGUUCCUCGCAGGAGCAGGACUUCCAGCACAAGGAAGCUGUGGAGGCUGCACAUUUCCCCACAGUCCCCAGAGAACACACUUUCAGUAACUCCUUCCUGGAUGAUGUUGACUUUUCUGGCUCGCUUGACUUGAACACAAAGGACGUUUCUCUGCAGGAGCUAGAUGUCCUCCAGAGCGAACUUGUUGAGCCUAUGGAUGUACGGGACAUCUUUGAUAAGCUUACAGAUGACGGGGAUGCCCCUGCUUCUUCUGAGUCACCCGCCUUGGUCCAGACCUUGGAUUGUAAAUGGGAGGACUCUCCUUUAGCGGACACCUCUCCUGGACAGGUGUCCUCUUCCGGCACUUCGCCUUCCAGUGGAGCGAGUUCACUGGGUGUCGGCAAGGAGAGCGAUCUCGUUCUGGUGUCACAAGGUGGAGAGACUGUGUCAUGUGAAACCAGGGACAAAGGUUUGGCCUGCCCACUGCUGGAAGAUGAGCUCACGCAGGGUAACUCUAUCCAGGAAGGUUCGCCCAAGAGCAGCCCCGGUCACAGUGCUGCCUUAACAGGCUGUGGCAAGCCGCAGGAGCUCCUGGAGAGCUCCUUCCUCCUACCUGGAACGGUGAGCUUGGACACUGGCCUCACGGUGUGCGAGUCGCAGGCCUCUGAGUGCGCGUGCUCGAGUACGGCCGUGCCAGCUGAUGAACAGGGCUCCUCGCCGGACGCCGUGCCCAUCGGCUUCAGUGUGGAGUGCAGAGAAGACGAAGAUGUCUCCAGCCCUUUAACUGACCUGCUGUCCACAGAGCCGCUGCAUACUGACCCCCCUGUCGAGGGAGAUGCCUCCUGUGUGGCUGAGCUGCUUCCAAGCCCAGGCCCCGGCUGUAAUGUUUCUGGGGAUUUAAUGGCAGCCAGCACAGUUCAGAGUUUAGCAAAAUUCGAAGUGAACGAAAGUCCAGUUCUGGAGUUUACCUUAUCUGUCGAGUCGAUGUGUGACUUGGAACCUGACAAGGAUUCAGAAGUGCCUCAAGGGAAUAUACCUGCAGAGCCUCCUGCGGUGAAGCUGGAUGAUUCAUUUGUUGAGCUGGAUGUCACCCAGCACGUGGUGUGUGAGACGCAGGAGUGUGGCGACCGUCUGGACCAGGCCUGGUACGCUGCUUCCACAGGCUCCUUGCGGAGUGGAGAGCAGAUGGUCGAGGGGCUUUCGCUGCCGGAGGUGGGGGCCUCCGCCACCCUGCCGGUGAGGAGCGGCACGUCUCCAAGUGAGGAGGACCUGUCUCCCCUGAAGGCCGUGUUUGAUGCCUUAGACCAAGACGGUGAUGGCUUUGUGCGCAUCGAGGAGUUUGUGCAGUUUGCUACAGUAUAUGGGGCAGAGCAGGUGAAAGAUCUCACACGAUUCCUGGAUCCAAGCGGUUUGGGAGUGAUCAGUUUUGAGGACUUUUACCGAGGCAUUUCUGCUAUCAGCAAUGGAGGCAGUGAACCACCACUCUACAGCGUUGGCUUCAGCCCUGAGGAGGCGGCCAGGGGUUCUUCGGAGGAGUACGAUGACUGCGCCGCCUUUGAGCAGAACGAGGUGACAGACAGCGCCUACCUGGGUUCGGAGAGCACUUACAGUGAGUGUGAGACGUUCACGGACGAGGACACGGGCACAUUGGUGCAUCCCGAGCUGCACGAGGAGGUCGAGACAGACAGCGCCAUCGACACCGCGCUACACGACCCCGACGAUGCCGGUAGCAGGCUCUCGCUGGGCUCUGAGCUCAACAGUCACUCACUGGUGACGGUGAUCGGUGGAGAGGAAGAGCAUUUUGAGGACUUUGGGGAGGGUAAUGACUCAGAGCUCCUCUUGGAAGGCCCCGAUAAUAUGGAGAAGGAACACCGCUCGGAAAAUCAGGCCCACAGCUCCACCCUACUGCUCUCACCCAGCGCCGACCCUUUCCCUGCCAGCUUUCAGAGCUUUCUCAGGGAGGAGGCGCUUGACUUUUACUGUAGCCAGUGUCACAAACAGAUUAGUCGCCUGGAGGACCUCUCCACACGCCUGAAUUUCCUUGAAAUGAAUAGCACCAGCAAGAGGCUGACCAGCAAGAAAGUGGCACGGCACCUGCUCCAGAGCAGCACGCUGACACUGGGCAGCAUGGAUGACCUGUCCAGGGACAUCCUGGAGCUGGCUGACACAGACAUCACUGACAAGGUGAUGUUCCUGGAGAAACGCGUGUCAGAGCUGGAAAAAGACUCCACGGCCAACAGCGAGGUGCACUCUCGCCUCCGCCAGGAGAACCUGCAGCUGGUUCACAGAGCCAACGCCCUGGAGGAGCAGCUGAAGGAGCAGGAGACGCGGGCAGAAGACGCCUUGCAGAUAGAGAUUCGGCGCCACAAGGAUGCCAUUUGCAAGCUGGAGCGUGAGCGAGGGAUCGAGCUGGAGAAUCUGCAGAGCAGGCUACAGCAGUUGGAUGAGGAGAACAGCGAGCUGCGAUCUUGUGUGCCCUGCCUUCGCGCCAACAUUGAGCGGUUAGAGGAGGAGAAGAGAAAGCUGCAGGAUGAGCUGGAGGAUGUGACGGAGAGGCUGGGUGAAGAGAUGGAGUCACGCAGGAAAAUGGCGGAUAAGCUGUCCCACGAGAGUCACAAACACCAAAAAGAGAAGGAGAGCAUGCAGGAGCUGAUUGAGGACCUGCGCAAACAACUGGAGCACCUGCAGCUAUACAAGCUGGAGGUGGAGGCCCGGAGUGGACGUUCUCCCAGCGCUGGGCUGCAGGAGUACCAGAGCCGCACGCGCGAGGCUGAGUUGGAGCAGGAGAUCCGCCGGCUCAAACAGGACAACCGCAGCCUGAAGGAGCAGAAUGACGAACUUAAUGGUCAAAUCAUCAACCUUAGCAUUCAGGGGGCCAAGAACCUGUUCUCCGCCUCCUUCUCAGAGUCUCUGGCUGCAGAGAUCAGCUCCGUGUCCAGGGAUGAGUUAAUGGAGGCUAUUCACAAACAGGAAGAGAUCAACUACAGGUUGCAGGACUACAUUGACCGCAUCAUUGUUGCCAUAAUGGAGUCUAACCCUUCCAUCCUGGAAGUGAAGUAGCAGCUAUCCUCCCUUCUGGUUCUUCUGGGCGCCCCUGGUCCUACACUCCUCCUUUCCUUGUCCCACUGGAUAUUGAAGAACUUUUGCUAUAUAAAAAUAUACUUGUAUGAUUCAAGACUCUGCCAUGUUUCCAAUGGUAGAUGUGGAUUCAGGGUUUGGUGUUAUCCAGGGAAUCAUUGGACCAUCCCUUGUGUUUCCUUGUUAAUCGUGUGCGUGCGUGCGUUUGUGGUUGAUUCUCGGUUCCUGUGACUUCCCUGUAGUUAAGGGUGGGAGGGACCUGGGUCUUCACUCUCUCUCCCCCUGCGUCUGUGUGUGGGUGUGUGUGUCUGGGUGCUGUUUGCUCUCAACCCUUUCACUAGACAUUUGUGUAAAUGAGGUCUCAGCUGUUAGGGUGUGAUGCUCUGUUUGGGAGCUGACUCUCCAACGACUGGGCAUCUUCUCCGACCGUUUUCAUCCUUUAAGGGUCUGUCACUUUGGAGGAGCAAUCAUAGCUGCUGGUUAUUUAUCAGUUGUCACAAUAAAUUAUUGAUUAUCAGGCUCCCGGUGCCUGGCAGCUCUGCAGUUGGCCGCUCUGUGAGCUGUUUGCCAAAGGAACUCAACCCUGCAUUUACCCCAAGUGAACCCCCACUUAAUGCCUUCACUCUCUCACAUUUUAGUAUAUUGCCCACUUUGUUUAUUGUUGAGGAGUUGCGUGUUGCUCCACUUGGGUAAGACAAAACAGAAAAAGCAUUCUGUGCAGGGUCUCAAGAUAAAAUUAGACGGCAGCCGACAAGUAGUUAGGCCAUGAAAUUGCACCCUUUAGAUUUAUUUUAAAGUUUAGUCAAAUCUGAAAUGUAUGAUGCACUAGUUUGAGGAUUAAGCCACUGUUCAGUGAAACAGACCUGUUUAUACAGAAAAAAUGAUCUGGAGGAGAUGGCUUUUUUUACAUAGGCUUCUAGUGCGGACCACAAAAUGCAUAAAUGAUUUGAGUAUGUUUUGUUUUUUGUUUUUGCUUGUUUGUAGCACAUCAGUCUGGCUACCCAAGUGAUGGGCAAUAGGUACGGUAGAGGGGUAGUUGCCCUGAGGGUCAGCAUGUGGAAUGAUAGUCCCAAGAGCCCUUGAGUUCUGUCUCUGUGUGUUUUUGUGUUUUAUGUGUGUUUCUUUAAUUGACCACUCCUGGGAGUAGGUGGCCCUCCAGCCCACAGCUGCUGGCUCAGAUAAGAACAGGGUCACAUCUGAAGGUGUCGGAGAAGAACGGCAGAGGAUCGAUCCUCUGUGUGCUUGAGUUUGGGGAAGGAAUUGCCAGGGUGGAGCAGUCAACCAUUAAGCUGACUUCUGUCCAGGAGUCCUGACCCUUUGAAACUCACUUUGAACGUCAAAGGUCACCCUGACUUUAUGAAAUCCUCACAAAAGGCGUUUUCAAAAGACUGUCCUUGUCAUUGAAAUUUUUUCUUUAAAUUAUUCCCAAUUUUUUAAAAACACCAACCUGUGAAUGCAACAUCCAGAUAGGAGGAAAAAGUGGAAGAAUUAAUCAUAAAAAAUGCACUUCAGCUUCUUACGGCACAAUGUAAUUGUUGGGCUUCAUCACUACAUGUCUGUUAAAGGCUAAGGCUACGUGCAAGAGUUUGUGAAGCAAAUCACAAGUCCUGUUGGCAGUGUGUUGGAUUUCCACUAAUUUGAGGCAGAGGGACAUUUAAGAAAUGUAUACAGUAAAACCAUGUUGAGAAGAACUAAUUAAAAUUUUAAAGUACAA